AAUGAAUCUGGGAAAGAUAUAUUAUUAAAAAGUCCACCCGGAUGUUUUUAUCCAAAAAAGACAGAUGAAAAGAUUCAAAUCAACAAAAAUAGAAGACGGAUAGCAUUGAAGGUUACAAGCGUCUGCGACAGACCGAUUCAGAUUGGAAGUCAUUAUCACUUUAUAGAGACAAACAAGAAUCUUAUAUUCGACAGAGAAAAAUCCUACGGAAUGAGAUUGGACAUUCCAGCUGGAUUUUCAAUAAGAUUUGAACCGGGAGAAACAAAAACUGUCACUUUAGUGGAAAUAGGAGGAGCUAAAAUCAUUACUGGAGGCAAUAGUCUUUGCAAUGGUCCCAUGAAGGAAUGCGCUUUGCCUAAUAUUAUGCAGCAUGUUAUAAGUCGUGGUUUUGGACACAAAGUUCAAGACAUUAUUUUACCUGUGGAACCUUGUCAAAUUACAAGAUAUUCUUAUUUAAGUAAUUAUGGUCCGACGACCGGAGAUAAGGUUCGAUUAGGAGACAUGAGUCUUAUUAUAAAGAUUGAAAAAGAUUUCACCGUUUAUGGAGAUGAGUGUAAAUUUGGUGGAGGAAAGGUACUUCGAGAAGGAAUGGGCCAAGCAUCAUUGAGAAGUAGUCAUGAAGUGUUAGACACUGUCAUAACAAAUUGCAUAAUUAUUGAUGCUAUCCAAGGGAUUGUCAAAGCGGAUGUUGGAAUUAAGGAUGGCUUGAUUAGAGGCAUUGGAAAAGCAGGAAACCCCGAUGUCAUGGAUGGAGUUCAUGCAAACAUGGUGGUAGGGGUAUCAACGGAGGUCAUUGCUGGUGAAGGUUCAAUCCUGACUGCUGGAGCAAUUGACUCUCAUGUUCAUUUCAUCUGUCCUCAACUUGUUGAACAUGCUAUCGCAUCUGGUAUUACUACGUUAGUUGGAGGUGGAACAGGACCAGCUACUGGGACUCGUGCUACAACAUGUAGUCCCGGGCCAUAUCACAUAAG